AUGCUUGAUACCACCAAUACACCACCACCACCACCACUCUCUCUCAAUACAAUGACAACAACAACAGGUCCUCCACCUUCAAUUAGCACUUCAUGUGAGUCGCCACGUCGACCUGAAAUGACCACCACACCCACCAAGCGCCAUUCGUCUUCGGGUGGUAUUCCGACAUCGCCUGAAGAACGCCCUCCUCUUCCUCGUCGUAAUCGUUCACGGUCAUUGCACUUGCCAGGGUUCCGAGAAGACUUGGAGGCCUUUCUAGUGCCUGCACUACCAUCGCUUCCUCGCAAGCUUGUUGCACACCAUCAUUUGGAGCCAUCACCACCCGCUCCACAGUAUCCACAUUCACGUUUUCUUAAUCGAUGUCCACCAUGUAUCGGCAACGUGAAAAGGAUCAUCCCAACACAGCAUCAUAGUGCACCAAGGGCAGUAGCAGCUGCAAGUGAUUUAAGAUUAGCAACGGCAUCGUACAGCAUUCGGAUGUGGGAUAGCAUGACAGGCGAUUUGCUCGAUACCUUGACACCUAAUCCAACCACGCACCAAGAGAUGACUGACAAAGUGACAUGUUUGGCAUUUGCACCUACUCGUAUACCCCAUCAAGAUGGCUGGUUCCUUUGGGCAGGCCUUGAGGAUGGCCAUUUGACUGUUAUUGAUACCCACCAUCAUCACGACAACAACAAGGGCAACAACAAUAUGACAGGAUUACAUGCCCACAAAACAGCCAUACGCUUAAUACUUCGUGUUCACAAUACCGAGAUUUGGACGAUUGAUGAUUCCGGCGCCUUACGACGAUGGCCAGCACCCCAUCACAACAACAAUAACACCGAUUGCACCUUGGAUGGCAUUACACAUGAUGGCUAUAAUCACAGAGUCACGCCACAAGCACUUGCAGCUGUCGUUGUGGAUGAUGAUGCCAAUGAUUGUUAUCAUCUUGUCAUGACCAGUGGGAAGACACUCGACGUUUAUCGCUUCGUUCCUUGGCAUUCUUCUCAAGGUCGUACCCAUGUCCGGAUGCCAUGUGCUGUCAAAACAAUGCCAAGAGGAUUUGGUCUUAUCACUCAAAUGGUCCUUUUGUCACACUAUAAAAACAACCAACCCCAUAUUGCUUGUGCACAUGAUACCGGCAUCAUUAGCAUUUGGUGUACACGCACAUGGGAACUCGUCCAACAAGUCGUCGUAUCCUCGUACAGCAUCGCUGCCAUGGCAUUAUCCAAUGACCGUUUCCUUUGGGCGGGUUACAAGACUGGCAUGAUAUACGUCUAUGAUAUCUCCGAUCCAAAUGCAUGGGCUGUGGUGAAAGCUUGGGAAGCGCAUCAAGCACCUGUCAUCAAGUUACUUCCAAAUGAGAACAUGCUUGGUAUUUGUUAUAAGCCUUGCAUAGAACAAGUCAUCAGCGUCGAUGCACAUGCCAAUGUCAAAGUAUGGGAUGGUCGUUUAGAAGCGUAUCAAAAAGAACGACAAGUACAAGAACAACGAGAGCGUUUUACCGAUUAUCGUUCUACAAGGAUUAUGGUGUGUUCAUGGAACAUCGAUGCGUGUAGUCCAGAGAAUCUCAAUGGCGAAGAUGAUGCAUUGUUACGCAAAUGGCUCGAGAGCAUGGACGAUCCAGACUUGAUAGUGAUUGGACUACAAGAAAUUGUUGACCUGGAAUCGAAGCGACAAACAGCGAAAUCGAUGCUCUUUAAUCGGAAAAAGCGAGAUGCAUGGGACGUCGAUCCAGCUCUUUUGGAGGCUGCCAUUCCACAAUACAAGGCAUGGACCGAUUAUCUUACCUCUGUGGUUCAAAGCAAUUUCAAGAUGCCUUAUACAUUGAUCAAGAGUGAACAUCUCGUGGGUCUCUUUAGCUUGAUCUUUGUAAAACAAGACCAGGAAAAACGGGUGAAUCAUACAACAUCGGCUGUCGUCAAGACCGGUCUCAAGGUGAUGCGUAAAUCGAUCCAUGGCAACAAGGGCGCGGUGGCUAUUCGCCUCACACUCGAUGAUGCAUCACUUUGCUUUGUCAACUGCCACCUUGCUGCUGGUCAAUCACGUGCAGAUCAUCGCAAUGCGGAUGCCGAAGAAAUCUUAAAGUCGGCAAGGUUUGACCCCUUGGUGAAAUACAUGGAUGACAGCACCAUCCUCGACCACGAUCACGUGUUUUUCAGUGGCGAUCUCAACUAUCGAGUGGAUAAAUGGACACGUGACAACGUGAUUGAAUGGCUCACAAUGGAUGAUAAAAGCAUGGCUUACAAGGAAUUGUUGGAUGUCGAUCAAUUGGUACAACAACGUCGAAGGAAUCCUUUACUCAAAUUGGCCAUGUUCGAUGAGGCACCUAUCACCUUCAAUCCUACCUACAAGUACAACGUCGGCAAAGACACGUAUGACUCUUCGGAAAAAAAACGAGUGCCGGCAUGGUGUGAUCGAAUUCUUUUUUACAAUGUACCCCAGCCCAUGUUUUAUCAACGACAUGAAGUCAAAGCAUCCGAUCAUCGACCCAUCAGAGCCGGGUUUGAAUUACUCGUCAAAUCCAUUCGCCAAGAGGAUAAACAAAAGGUCGAACAUGAAGUUGAAGCUAAAUGGAACAAGACCGUUGCAGAGAUCAUCCAAGACCACAAAGCACGCUAUGUCGCUGAUUUUGGCCAAUGUACAGUAGAUCAAGCACGAGAGCGGUUGAUCAAAGUGGAUUGGGAUGUUGAACGUGCAGUCUGUGAACUUGUUGGUGUGCAGGCACAUCAGAAAUAG